AUGACCUCAGAUGAAGAUCAGGAGCUCCUUGUACUCCGAAGGUUCAAUGAGAUAAGCGCUCGGAAUCUUCUUUGCCUGCAAUGCGAGUUACUGGCACUCGAAAAGGAGCUAAGGAAAUGGGACGAGAGGGGUUUUAGUAGUGGUAAAACGUCACUGGAACAAGCUGCAGAGACGUGGGAGAUAAUGGUUGAGCAGGCUGACAGUGGCACACAAAAGGCAAAGAACAUGACGAAACUGGUUAAAAAGCUAAGGCUGAAGAUGAAGGAGUAUUACGAGGCUUUGGACCUUCAGAGCAGGAUAGACCGACUACAACAUACCAACAGGCGAGCUUUGGAGGUAGCUCGCAAUAAGCUCGACGGAGGACCUGCGAAAGAGGACGGCAGCAAGCCAAACCCGAUCUUGGGUGGGGAGGCCAAGACUUAUCUGGAUGAUGAGGGGGAUUUGGUCUCCCUUGGAGCACCGAAGGAGACGGAUAUGCUUUUUAAGACACUCCGAGCCUACUGGCCAGAAACGGAAGAAGUUUCGAGGAAUGGCAUCCGUCGGAUUAGCCGUUUUGAGGAGCGGUCGAUCACGAUAGCGGUAGCGAUCAUCAACAUCGUCGUUGCAAUUAUCCUCCUCGUGGGAUCAAUAACUAGUCUCUACUUCGUGAGCUCGCCGGCCGCAAUACUAGGCAUGAUCAGCGCUUUUACCGUUGCUUUCGCGCUGAGUGUGGGGUUAAUGACUAAUGCGAAGAGGGCUGAGAUCUUUGCAGGGAGCGCAGCGUGA